UAUUUACAGUAAAUGGCAGACUAAACAUUGCCAUGGACUCAGAUGACUCCUAUAAUAAGGAUGGCAAAUGGCAGCUUUUUUUCUCUCUUCCUGAUUCUCCCAGCAGCAGCGCGACAGAAGCAGGUAGGAGGGGAAAGACACAAACUCAUUCAAGAUCGGCUAAGAACACAAACCACACACAAGAACCCUGGGAAACUUCUGGAAACACUUACCCAUACGACAGGAAGUAUCCCAUAAUAACCUGAGACAUAGAUAAGACAACGAGACAUCACAUGGACUGACUGUCUUCAGUGUGCUUCACUUCAAGGAGGCAAAAUGUCUGACAACGUGCAUCAUCUGCCAGAGUUGAAGAUUGUGCUGCUGGGAUACAGAGCUGCUGGGAAGAGUUCAUCAGGAAACACCAUCCUGGGAAGAGAGGAGUUUGAUACUGUAGGGAGAACAGCUCAGUGUGUGAAGAGACAGAGAGAAGUAGCAGGGAGGCAGGUCACUGUGGUGGAGGCUCCAGGAUGGUGGAUUAAUCUUCAGUUAGAGAACACUGAACUGACUAGAGAGGAGAUUGAGCUCAGUGUGUCUCUGUGUCCUCCUGGACCCCACGCUAUACUGCUGGUCAUAAGUGGGGACAGUUCAUUCCCUGAGACAUAUAGAAGGUCAGUGCAGGAACACCUGGAGCUUCUCAGUGAGAGAGUGUGGAGUCACACUAUAGUGCUGUUCACCUGUGGAGACUGGCUGGGAGACACACCCAUUGAGCAGCACAUUGAGAGUGGAGGAGAGAGUCUGCACUGGCUGGUAGAGAAAUGUGGGAACAGAUAUCAUGUCCUCAACAACCAGAACAGAGAUGAUCACAUGCAGGUUACACAGCUGAUGGAGAAGAUAGAAGAGAUGGUGGCAGGAAGCAGUGGGCAGCAUGAUGAGAUUGUGAGUGGAGACUCCCUCGCUGACUCCAGAUCUCUCAGUAGUUCUGCAUACAGCUCCUUCAGAUCUCAGGAUGGGCGAGAGGAACAACAUACGCGUCCUGUCAAGAAAGCAAGAAGCUUUGACAUUAUACCACCAAGAAUGGGUGGAGAAUCCAGUGGAAAUUCUGACCACUGGUCUUUCACCAGCUCUGCAUACAGCUCCCUCAGAUCACAGACAGGAUAUGACAUCAGCUCUCUCCGUGGUUCCAUGAGGUCUACAGCUUCUUCACAGAGUUCUGGAGUUGGAUCUAUGAGUUCUAGAGCUGGUUCUACUAGGAGUUCAGACUCCAGAGGAUUCAAGUUCCCAAACCUGUUUAAAGCGAAGAAGGCUCUUGGAGAUCUUCCUGAGGCCCAGGAGGCAUCAGACUCCACACACAUCAGGAAGGAGAAGGAGUCAGCAGAGAAGCAGGAGAAAUUAAUUAAUCAGGAUACACAAACUCCAGUAUAAAGAGUGUCUAAUGACACAGACAAUUAUGACUUUCAGUGGACAUUUUGUUAAUACAUAUUUCAUUGUAGACAACUCAAUCCUUUGCUUUCUCUGUAAACAUGAUACCAAACUGCAGACUGAAUACUUCACUUUAUUUAAAUAGGCUGAAUGACUGAAUCAACAUUAAAUACAUCUCUAAUACUAAUUAAGAUGAAACAGUUUGAAGCAUGACUAUGAUUCUAUAAUUUCUUAUGUUUUAGCAGUACUAACACAUUUUAGAAUGUCAU